AUGAUGGAAAUCCUCCUAGACCCCCAUCCUAUCAAGUCCUUAAUCCCCCAGCUGUCAAAUGCGCAACCGAUGACUCCGGUAGAACUCGAAAACCUGUUUCAAGAAAAUUACGAUCAAAUCGAACCAAAGAAUCCAAAUUCUUCGAUCUUAACGACAAAGGAAACCGAGUCCGAACAAUUGGGUCUCUUAAUCAAAAACAUCAGUAAGUAUUAUUAUAAGUUAGAACAAGUAGAAGAACACCUCACUCGUGAUAUGCAAGAAAUAAUUCCCCUACUCGUCCCCAAAUGCCAUAAAGAAUUCCACAAGUAUAACUCUGCUGGUCGUGCCUACAUGCGUAAAAGAAAUAUCUAUCUCAAGACUCUCAUUCCAUUAAGUUUGUUCAAAAACCGCAAAUUGCACUCACUGUUAAAUGUAAUGGAUGAUUGGCCCUUAUUUUUUUAA